GAAUUAAUUCCAUCAUUUGGUUAUGAUCUUGCUAAACAUUGUUUAAAGCGAAAUGAUACACUUAUUGCUUAUCCUAUUGAAAUAUGUAUUAGUCUUUUAGAAAAUAGUUUAAAUGAACAAGGUCUUUUUCGUAUUGCAUCAUCACAAGGAAAACAAAAAAAAUUAGUUGCUGAACUUAAUUUACAUGCUAUUGAUAGAGGAAGAACACUUUAUGAUCUUAAUUAUGAUCCACAUGUUCCAGCAAGUACACUUAAACAAUAUUUAAGAGAACUUCCUGAUUGUUUACUUACAAAUGCACUUUUAUCACAAUGGAAUGAUGUUAUUUCAAUCAGUAUAUUAUAUGGUAAAGAUCAAUCAUCAUCCCAACAAUCGAUUUCAAAUUCUUAUGCAGCUGCUUCAACUAUUCUUGAACUUAUAAUUAUUCAUCAUAAACAAUUAUUUACAAAUUCUUCUGAACAAGAACAAACGUCGAAAUCAUUAAAAUGUCAACCUGAUCUUAUUCCAACUGAAUUUCAUUCCAAAAGUCAAAGUGUUUCAAAUGAAAAUUUAUUAGAUAUUCAAAGUACACCAGGAUAUCUUCAACCAUCUCCUGGGACACAUCGAAAAAAUAAAGCACCUCGUCCACCAACAACAUCUUCAAUUAAUCAACAAACAUCAGUUGAACAACUUAAUUAUGAAAAUAUUUCAUCUGGAACACAAUUAGAUCGUCCUGGAGCACCAUCACCUCUUCCACCAUCACUUCUUAUAUCAACUUCACCAACAGUUCAACCACGACAAAAACUUUCCUUUCCAUUAUUAAAAACAAAUAAUGAACAAAAAUUUUCGACGACAAUUGAAGAUAAAACAAUUGAACAUGAAUCAACAACAGAUUUGUCAACAGAUUCAACAUCAACGACAAAUGAUGGUGUUAAUGUUGGAAAAUCAAAUAAUAAUCGAAUAUCUUCUUUUAGGAAUAGCACAUUACCUUCACCUGGGAACAACUGA